AUGUUUCACAGGCAAGUGCACGCCAACAACUGUCUACUGCGCAAGUCUGUGUCCUCCUCCUCCUCGCGUUUCUCCCUCCCACCCUGUCUUCUCCUCUCUCACCCUGUCUUCUCCUCUCUCCCUCCUUGCUUCCUCGCGUUUUAUAGCACCCUCUCCUCCUCCUUCUUAUUUCGUUCCUCCAACUUCAGCGCUAGCACAUCAUCACUCGAAACUCACUCACUAUUAUCACAUUUUUCUUUAGUCACUCUUUCUCAGUCUCCCCUUCUUCACUUUUCUCUCUUUUUUUCACAUUGUUGUCUUGUGUUUCUUUUUCCUUUCGUAUCUAUUUCAUUUAUUACUCUUCCUAUUGCUUUCUCUCUCAUUCAUUCAUUCAUUUCUUCACUUCUUCCUCUAAGUUCCUUAGCCUGUCACCGCUUUUCGCUUUUUUCUUUACUUUCCGUAGACGAAUAUAUUUCUUAUAUUGUUGUUUCCACUCACUCAUACACUUUAUUUUACAAAAUUUACUCUUUUCUUACAUUCUUAACUUCUGUCUUACCCCCACCCUUUCCGCUCACUCUUUUCUCUUUUUCAUUUACUCACCUCCUCCUCAGUUGCUACUCACUUCUCUCUUCCUACAAUUUCUUUUACAUCACUCCGCUACUAAAAACCUUACAUUGCCCAAUAGUUUUUUGUAUAUUAUUUCCCUUUUAUUUUUCCACCUUUUCUCUCUUCUUUUCUACAAGUAUGUAUUGA